AUGGGCGCCAGCCCGCCCGAUAGGGCGCUGCGGCCGGUGGGUGAAGGGGGGCCGGCGCGUGGCCCGUGGCCGUGGCCGGAGCAGCGGCCCGGCGGGGCUAGAGGAGGCUGCGCGGGACGAGCACCGGCACCCAGCGGCGUCGCGCGCGAGCAGGGAGGCGGUGCGGGCCGGGCGCGCGGGCAGCGAGGCCGCAACAGCGCCACCGAUGCGGGGCAGGCAGGCGGUGGCGGAAUCGUUCUGGGGCGACGGCGCGCUAGCGGACGACGGGGAGCCGAGGCCAGUCGGGGCGAGGCCGGCGGCAAGCAGCGGUGGAGGCGAGCCCCGGGCGGCGCGGGGUACGGCGCGGAGGCAGGCAAGGGCACGAUGACGUGGGCGUGCGCGCACAGGUGGAGUAGUGCAGUAGCAGCCUGCGGGAGCGGGGCGAGGCAGGGGGCGCGGGCGCGGCCAGGGCGGCCGGCGCGCGUGCGGGCGCCGGAGAGCGAGACCAUGGCCGAUGUGGCCGGAGCUGGAGAGAAGGAGGAGAUGCCGGGGCCUCACCACGGGGCCGUGGGGUCUAGGCAGCGGUGCUCGGGGAGGAAGACGGGGACACGAUGCCGGCGAGGAGGAGAUCCCACGAGGGAGAGGAAGGCGACGGUGGCCACGGCGUCAUGA